AUGAAAGCCAGGGAAGCGUUGCUGGUGAAGACAGAGGCAAAGAAGCCUUGGCUGAACUCAGUGGCCUGUUGUUCUGCUCGGCCAGAGAAUGCCAGGGCAAUUGCAGCUCCCAUAGUCCAAGAUAGUCCACUCUUCCAGUCCAAGAGGUUUCUAGAGUGUGUGGAAGAUAGCUUCCUUACACAGCUGGUACGAGAGCCUACCAGGGGUGGUGCCCUGCUUGACCUGCUCUUUGCUAACAAAGAAGGUCUGGUAGGUGAUGUGAAGGUUGGAGACUGUCUAGGGCAGAGCGACCAUGAAAUUGUAGAGUUCUCUAUUCUUGGAGAUGUCAGAAGGGUGACUACCAAAACUGCUAUCUUGAACCUCAAGAGGGCGGACUUUGACCUGCUCAGGACGCUUGUAGCACGGGUCCCUUGGGAGUCGCUCCUUAAGGGUAAAGGGGUCCAGGAAGCCUGGACACUCCUCAAGAUGGAAAUCUUAAAGGCACAAAAACAGGCUGUCCCUGAAUACUGUAAGGCGAGCCAUAGGGGGAGAAGACCGGUGUGGAUGAGCCGGGAAUUACUGUCAAGACUCAGGAAGAAAAAGAGAGUCCAUGUCCUAUGGAAGAAGGGACAGGCUACUAGGGGAGAUUACAAGGAAGUUGCUAAGGAACUGACCAAGAAACUGAGCAGGAUGCACUGCAGGAAGGCAGCCAUCCCACCCUGCCGGUCUCGGACAGUGGAACGCAGGCAGCGUCAACAGCUGGCACGCCAGGGAACAAAAUUCUUCACAGUGAAAGGGACAGAAUCACCACGUGCUGCAGAAGAGCUGAAGCGAAUGGUACAACUCAUGGCACCCAAACUGCAGACUGUAUGAUCUGGGAGAGCAGUGCAAAGAAGAGUGGUCAGCUGUGUCCGAAAGCUGAGCAUGGAGCCAAGUACAGGUACAGCACUG